CAGUCAUGGCAGGCGCUGCACCAGAAGGUUCCCAGUUUGACACUUGUCACUUUGAUUCCAAAAUGAAUGAGCUGAUUUCUACUGAUGGACAGGAUUUUUUCACAUCGUAUGAUGAAGUUUACGAUAGUUUUGAUGCUAUGGGUUUGCAAGAAAAUCUUUUAAGAGGCAUCUAUGCAUAUGGUUUUGAAAAACCAUCUGCAAUUCAGCAACGGGAAUUGUUACUAUUCACCAAGGGUCUCAACGUAAUUUAGUAAGCUCAAUCAGGAGCAUGAAAGACCGCAACUUUUUGCUCCGGCAUUCUUCAACAACUUGAUUAUAACGUAGUUGAGUGUCAGGAUUUGGUUUUAGGUCCAAUGCGUGAACUUGCACAGCAAAUUGAGAAGGUUAUGCGCGCCUUAGGUGACUACCUUGGUGUUAAGGUUCAUGCUUAUGUUGGUGGGACUAGUGUUCUUGAGGAUUAGCGGAUUCUCUCAGCUGGGGUCCACGUUGUUGUUGGUACUCCUGGACGUGUUUUUGACAUGCUUAGGAGGCGUUACGUUCUGAUUAUAUCAAAAUGUAAGCUGAUGAAAUGCUUUCAAGAGGUUUUAAGGAUCAGGUUAUUAUUUUUUUCAUAUAAAAAUAUUAUUAUAUUAUACAUAAUCUUAAAAGUGAAUGUCUGUGGACAUUUCACUUUAACCUUCAACUUUUUCAAAAUCUUAUAUUUAUCACUUAGACAUUUCACUUUACCUUUUUAACUUUUUCAAAUCUCAUUUUUACUC